AUGUCGUCUCCGUCAAAUUUUUCAUUAAUUCCACCAUCCUAUGUUGAUAAUUCAGUGAUCAUAUCAGUAUUGAUUAUAUUUCAAAUACCAUCCAUUAUAUGUGCAUUAUUUGUGUUAUAUCAGUUUAUAAUUAAGAGAGAAUUAUAUGAACAAUUACAUAAUUAUGCUGUGUUUGUUCUGCUUGUAUGUUCUACAUUAGUGAUUACAACUGAACUACCAAUUUCACUUAAUUAUCUCAUAAAAUCUAUAGUUUAUCCUCAAAUACCUGGAUUUUGUUUAUUCUGGGGUUUUUGGUAUUUUACAACAACCGAUACAUUGAUUGUAUUUAUGGCAUGGACAAGUGUUCAACGUCAUCUUUUUAUAUUUAAUCCAAAUGUUUUUAGAACAAAGCGUGGACGUUUAAUAUACCAUUAUAUACCAUCAUCCAUUUGUCUUUUAUAUAUACCAUUUAUGAUAAUUAUAUUUAUGUUUAUUAAUCCAUGUAAUAAUACAUUUAAUUAUAUGCAAUUUUUAUGUGGCUAUCCUUGUUUCUUUCAGCAAACAUCUGUAGUUACAUUCCAUUUAAUUGUUAACUUAUGUGUACCAACCUCUUUUACAAUUAUUGCUAUCUUGUCAGACGUCAAUUGA